AUGGUGCGCUGUGUGUGGACGAAAAGGAGACAGAAGAAGGUGGAUAAGACGGAAACAUGCGACGAGCGAGUCAAGCGAAGAGAGCACGUUGCGUGGGAGGUGGAAGUAUCCAACAGCAAGCAGCAAACCGUGGCAAUCAAGGUGGUCAACACCCAGACAUUUGGGUGGUCUGGCAAUUGCGACUUUAUCUGA